AUGAACGGCUUGCUUGCAGCCCAGGCUCGCGUGGCAGACGUCAAAGGCACUCUGGCAGCACGAUGGCAUUGCUGUGCUCGCGCGUUUACGCAUCUUGCGUCUUGGAGCAGGUCUAAAGCUGAGUACGAGCGCGAGGGGCCUGCACUCUGCAACCUGCGCCCGGAAUUGCUUCACUCUUGUCCAGCCAUGAUGCCGGAAUCCUCGCUGUGCCCAAAGCCAGCUCGUGCAGGCAGCGCGUGGGGCGAGGUACGCAAGACUCCGGAGCAGCACAUCUUCCUUACAACCUCUGCAGGCGCGGACCAGUCUCCCCUGAGAUCUGGACAUGUGAACACUCCUGAAGGCAGCUAA